GCGCAGCGCCCGCGAGUCCCCGCACUGCUGAGGAGCGGAGCCUCCCCCUGGGGUCCCGAAUCCUUGCCUGUCCCCACCCCAGCUCUUCCGGCUUGGGCCACCAGCAGUGUGGCAGUCUCCGUUUGUCGGAGGAACCUUAAACGGCCACCUGCCGCUUCCCACAGCCUUUUUGCAUCUCGGAUUUCGGGGCGGCUCCCUCCCCUAUCUUUCCCAGCCUCUUUGCACCCCGCUAUUCCUGCGUUUCUCUCUCGGGUUUUGUAGCCAUCUGUUGUUGCACCCCUUUCCGUUUUGCUUCUAGGCGACGUGUCUGGUGUAGCUGCCUUGGCACCCCUUCUUUGGUCUCUUUCCCUGCUUUGACAGCCGCCCUUUCCAUCGCAGUCUGGGGGCCUAGCCUCGGCGCACCUAAGCGGCGCUGCCAGGAGCCCGCAGCGAGUGGUCAUACACCCCGGAAUUUGCAGCUGCCGCCUGCCUGAGUGGAGUGUCCCUCGCCUUCGCUGCCAGCGCGUUCGGGUGCGUGGAGGGCUUCAGCGCAAGCCGCCCCCGCUUCUUCGCAGCCCCCCCGCCGCACGCCGGGACUUGCCCAGGGCUGCCAAGAUGGUCAUCCAAAAAGAGAAGAAGAGCUGCGGGCAGGUGGUUGAGGAGUGGAAGGAGUUCGUGUGGAACCCGAGGACGCACCAGUUCAUGGGUCGCACCGGGACCAGCUGGGCCUUUAUACUCCUCUUCUACCUCGUCUUCUAUGGCUUCCUCACUGCCAUGUUCACCCUCACCAUGUGGGUGAUGCUGCAGACUGUCUCUGACCAUACUCCCAAGUACCAGGAUCGACUGGCCACACCGGGCUUGAUGAUUCGUCCCAAGACUGAGAACCUUGAUGUCAUUGUCAACAUCAGUGACACUGAAAGCUGGGAUCAGCAUGUGCAGAAGCUCAACAAGUUCUUGGAAUCUUACAACGACUCCAUCCAAGCCCAAAAGAAUGACGUCUGCCGCCCUGGGCGCUAUUAUGAGCAACCAGAUAAUGGGGUUCUCAACUACCCAAAACGUGCUUGCCAAUUCAACCGGACCCAGCUGGGCAACUGUUCUGGCAUUGGGGACCCCACCCACUAUGGUUACAGCACUGGACAGCCUUGUGUCUUCAUCAAGAUGAAUAGGGUCAUCAACUUCUAUGCAGGGGCAAACCAGAGCAUGAAUGUCACCUGUGCUGGAAAGAGAGAUGAAGAUGCUGAGAAUCUUGGCCACUUUGUCAUAUUCCCUGCCAAUGGCAACAUUGACCUCAUGUACUUCCCCUACUAUGGCAAAAAGUUCCAUGUGAACUACACACAGCCUCUGGUGGCUGUUAAGUUCCUGAAUGUGACCCCCAAUGUGGAUGUGAAUGUAGAAUGCCGAGUCAAUGCUGCCAACAUCGCCACAGAUGAUGAAAGAGACAAGUUCGCUGGCCGUGUGGCCUUCAAACUUCGAAUCAACAAAACCUGAGGCUCCUUCUUCCUACCCUCACCUCUUUCCUGUGGAUGCUUCUGGAAUGUCCUUGACCCUGCCUGAUCCCUCCCUCACCCACCCCAAAGGUAUUUUUUAUAACAGAGCUAUGACUUGUCUGAGCCUCACACCUUUUUCCUCAACUUCUCAACCUAGCCUGAUGUCCACUGUGAUUUCUUGACUACACACAAUUUCCACCAUCUUCUUCCAACCUUACCUUAGCCAGAGACAGAUAGAUGGGCUACCAGGAUGGCCACAGAGGAGUUAGUCUUUCAUUCUGGGGGCUGGAAAUGUUGUUCAAUGAUAGAGGGCUUACCUAACAUGAGCAAGGACCUCAGCGCUGCAGGGGUCUUUCUAGAUCUGGCUUAGCUGUGAGUGGGAUGUCCUUGCAGCUCCCUCCUCAGCUUCUACCCUCAGAGCUCUAGAAAGCUGCCAUUUACCCACCAACGUAUACACUCUCAACUACCCACCCACACCCAUAUACUCCCUCCACAUUUCAGCUCUACUUCCCAGAGAUGUACGUGGUUCUAAACCUUUUCUUUCUCUCAUACUUUCUUCUGUCUCCCCAAGUAUCUUGGUAGCUUUGACUUCUGGUUCCUCCAGCAGGUUUUUCCUCUCUUCCCCCAUCCCUAUUCCCUGUGAGAAGCAGCCAUUUGUAACUGAAGACAAGUUGGUUAUGUGGCCUUUUCCUUCUUUCCUGGUACGUCCUGCUUCUCCCCCUUAUUAUGACUCCAU